AUGGCGGAGCAUCUGAUCGUUGUUGUUUCACAGAACGCUGUCCUGUAUGACAAAAGAGACAAAAAUUAUAAAGAUAAUGAUUAUAAAGACAACGUGUGGAAGAGGAUAGCUGAGGAGCUACACUACAAUACUGAUGAUGUUAAGAAGUUAUGGAGGAAUCUGAGGGACACUUACGUGAGGAAGAAGAGGGAGGAGAAAGACAUAAGGAGUGGCCAGGCAGGUGGAAAACAGAGGAAGAGGUGGAAGUACAUGGAUGUCAUGUCAUUUCUUGACCACACAUACAGCAGUCUAGAUGGUCAGGAUGAGGAAGAGACAGAGACAGGAACAGCAGGGGAGCUAUCUGAUCAGGCAGAGAGUGGGGAAGAGAGUACAUCAGUGACCCCCAGACAGAGCAAGGCAAAGAGGAAGAAUAGUGAUGAGAUGUUGGAGGAGUAUUUGAAGAAGAAGGAAGUUAGGGAGGUAGAGAGAGAGAAGGAGCGAGCACAGAGGGAUGACACAACACAUUUCUUGCUCAGUUUAGCUCCAGCCAUGAGGAGACUCCCUCCACCAAAACAAUCAUGGAUAAGAAUUAAAAUCCAGGAGCUACUCCAUGAGGCAGAGUUUGGGCCCAUGUAUGAUCCAUCACAAAAGUAUACUUUCCUUUAG